UGUUUUUUCCCCUAGAUUACUUCAUCUCCUUCAAUGGAGUAUUUGUAGGGAGAACUGGCCGACCGACCUAGCUGUUGCAGAUUGAGAUCAUCUUUAGAUUUUCUCUUUCUCUCCUCUCGUAAUCCGCUGCCUCUCCUCAGCGGACUUUGCUGCUUCAAUUGAUCCUAUUCUUGAGGAAUUCGUAAAUGGCGUCAGAUCCGAAAGUUCUCACAUUUGAGGAAGUCGGAAAGCACAACAAGACUAAGGAUUGUUGGCUUAUUAUCAGUGGAAAGGUUUAUGAUGUGACCCCAUUCAUGGAUGAUCAUCCUGGAGGUGAUGAAGUGUUGCUGUCUGCAACUGGGAAAGAUGCAACAAAUGAUUUCGAAGAUGUGGGACACAGUGACACUGCUAGGGAGAUGAUGGACAAAUAUUACAUCGGGGAGAUAGACAUGGCAACGGUCCCUCUCAAACGCGCGUAUGUUCCUCCACAACAAGCUCAGUACAAUCAAGACAAGACCCCCGAGUUUAUUAUCAAGAUUCUGCAGUUCUUGGUGCCUCUCAUGAUAUUGGGAUUGGCAUUCGCAGUUAGGCACUACACCAAAGAGAAAUGAAAUGAGGGCCUCUAGGUAUCGAUCUGCCAAGAUUCAUUGUGCUUGUUAUUCUAAGCUACUACAAUAUUGAAAGAGAUGAUGAACAAAUUUGUCCCUUUUACGCAACUAGUCACGACACUCUCGGAAAUUCUAGCUUGAGGAUUGUCUCUGUCAAUGCUUGGUGUGCUUCACUUGACCACUACUUUUUAUGGAUUUUAUGGUGCUUUGAUCUA